AUGGCGUCAUCGCGUGUCCCUGUUCAUCCGAGUCAAGAAACUGAUGACCAACAGAAACUCCGUUUUCAAGUUGAACUUGAAUUUGUGCAAUGUUUGGCCAACCCAAAUUAUUUAAAUUUUUUGGCACAGAGAAAUUAUUUCAAAGAUCAGUCAUUUGUAAAUUACCUGAAAUACCUGCAGUAUUGGAAAGAGGCCAAAUAUGCUAAGUACCUCAAAUAUCCGCAGUGCCUACACUUCCUUGAAUUGCUGCAGUAUGAACAUUUCCGUAAGGAAUUGGUAAACUUACAAUGUGCCAAAUUUAUUGAAGACCAACAACUGUUGCAUUGGCAGCACUAUCAACGCAAACGCAUGGCUCUUUUGCAAGCACAGGCUGACCUUGCCACAUCACAACAGCAACAGCAGCAACAACAGACUGGUGCUGGUGGCACAGUUGGGCUAGGUGGUACUGGGGGUCAGUCAGGUGCUGGGGCAGUAGGACCUGGGUGUCCUGUCAGCUCUCAGCCACCACAAACAGGUACUGUGCAAACGCCAACCCAACCCUCCCUCAACACACAGUCAAGUUCCUUGCAACAAGUACAGCAAGUUAUAAAGAAGGAAAUGUGA